AUGAUUCGCUCGCUCGUCUCAAUCGCAGCCCUGCUGCUGGGCUCGGGUUCCGCUCUGACUAUCACCAAACCUCCUGCCCGCGGCCCUUUUCUCGACCAGGUUGAUAACAACACAUGGAUUAUCGGCAAUGAGCUGUGGAAUUUGACGCAGGGCCCGCAGUACGGUGUCAAGCUGUUCUAUAAAGACCACGAUUGUGUUGGCGAUGCCUUUGGGCACUACGUGAGCUAUAACGGGGCUGCAAGCGACCUGGCCUGGACGUCGGCAUCCGUUGUCAGUGAGGGGAGAUACAAGGGAGCGCGAUACAUCGAUGUCAAGUUCACGGCGCAGGAGGGCGACUUCCACUGGGUCAUCUUCUCCGGGCUGGCCGGUGCGUACCAGUACUUUGUCAACCAUGCGUUGCCUCCACUAGGCGAGUUUCGCACUCUGUGGCGCCUCGACAAUUCGACCUUUACCCACGGCAAGACGAACCUCCGCGACGAGGAGCUGCCGCACCUGGAAGACUACCUCGAUGCAAAUUACGUACAGGACUCAACGUGGCUGAAGCCCGAUGGGUCAGGAUAUAUCACCAAGUACGAUUUCACCUCGUGGGUGCGGACCCUGGCGUACUAUGGCGUCUACGGGCAAGGGUUUGGCAGCUGGUACAUCAACGCCGGGAAGGACUAUUUCAACGGGAACCACCUGAAGCAGGAGUUACUGGUCCACAGAGAGUCAGACACAGGCGACUCGGUCCAACUCAACAUGAUCCACGGCACUCAUUACCAAGUUUCCACGGUAGAUCACUUUGCCGACGGCAGAACCUGGGGCCCAUGGCUCUGGUAUCUCAACGAAGGGUCUCACUCGGAUGUAUCGAGGCGAGCGCAACAGGAGUUUGCCGAGUGGCCAUACCCGUGGCUAAAGGAUAAGGCCUACCAGGCCAGGGGCACCGUGAAAGGCACGCUGAAGCUCUCAGACGGGCGACGCGCUGCCCACGCCGCGGUCUUCCUGGGGGACAACCACCCGAACAAGUCAGCCCUCGACCAAGGCGCGGCCUACUAUUACACCGGAUACACGGACGCCCGAGGCGCGUUCGAAUUCAAGGACGUCCGCGCCGCCACGUACGGGCUCCAGGCAUGGUCGAACGGGAGCAAGCUCGCAGAUGUCACGACCUCAUUCUUGCAAAACGACGUCGUCGUCCAAGCUGGAAAGACCGCCAACCUCCGUAGCCUUGACUGGGCCGUCUCCAGGCGUGAAAAGGUCUUCCAAAUCGGCGACUUCGACCGAACAAGCUACGGCUUCCACCUCGGCGGGGCACCUUACACGCACGCCCUAUCCGAAGAGUGUCCAGCCGACCUCCUCUACGCAGUAGGCCAGUCAACCUCUCAGGACUGGUGCUUUGUGCAGACGCACCUGGGUAACUGGACAAUCACCUUUGACGCCGCGGCGCCGGCCGAGAAACAGACCGCGAUGCUCAUCGUCUCGCUUGCCGGCUAUGCCUCGGGGACAAGCUCCACAAUUUUAGCGAACGGGGUGAAGAUUGGGAAUCUAACGAGCGAUACGCCGCCGCUGCGCAAUGACGGGACGAUCUACCGGUCGGCGACGACGGCGGGCGAGUGGCGGUACUUUGAGUUCCCGUUUGAUGCGAGUCUGCUGAGGGAGACGGAGAAUGAGAUUACCUUCCAGGUGACAAAAAGCUCGACUUGGAAGGGAUUCCUGUGGGAUAGCGUGGUGCUGGAAUGGUAA